AUGGCGGACGGUGUAGAUCACAUCGACAUCUACGCCGACGUCGAGGAGGAGUUCAGUCAGGAAGCAGAGUACCCGGUACAUGAGCAGAUCGACCUGUAUGACGACGUGAUCUCCCCAUCCGCCAAUAAUGGCGAUGCACCGGAGGACCGCGAAUACUUGGACUCAUUGCCUGCACAAGCGGGUUCCGAUGGAGGCAAAGCACCCGCACCCAAUGUGGUGUACACUUACAGCGGGAAGCGGAUCGCCCUGUACAUCGGGAACCUCACAUGGUGGACCACGGAUGAGGACCUCACAGAAGCAAUCCGCUCAAUGGGGAUCACAGAUUUGUUGGAAAUCAAAUUCUUUGAAAACAGAGCCAACGGGCAAUCAAAAGGGUUUGCCUUGGUCUCUGUGGCCUCAGACACCUCAUCCAGGAAGCUAAUGGACCUUUUGUCCAAAAGAGAGUUGCAUGGUCAGAAUCCUAUUGUAGCACCCUGCAACAAGCAAUCCCUCAGCCAGUUUGAGAUGCAGUCCCGUAAAAGUGCUCAAUCAGGACAGAUGUCGGGCGAAGGCAAAGCUGGGCCUCCCGGCGGCGGCCGUGCUGGAUUUCCUAUGGGCAGUCGCGGAAGUCGAGGCAGGUUUCCUGGACCUCCCGGUGGCCCCGGUGGGGAUCGUUUUCCGGGCGGUGUCGGGCCUGGAGGACCGCCGCCACACUUCCCUGGUGGGGUGCAGGGCCCACCUCGACCCCCUCCCGGGCCCCCCGGCCCGCCCGGACCGCCUCCUGUCCAGGGUCUGCUGCCUCCUCUUGGUCCUCCAAAUCGGGGUGACAGGCCACCUCCCCCAGUUCUCUUCCCGGGUCAAUUUGGCCAGCCGCCUUUAGGGCCCCUGCCGCCCGGCCCGCCACCCCCGGGUUAUGGUCCACCUCCGGGUCCGCCGCCCCCACAGCAAGGCCCCCCGCCACCUGGACCGUUCCCACCGCGUCCCCCGGGCCCCAUCGGGCCUCCUUUGGCUCUGGCUCCGCCUCCUCACCUGGGAGGGCCUCCACCUGGCGGGCCACCGCCGGCUCCCCAUGUCAAUCCCGCUUUCUUCCCCCCACCCGGUGGCAAUAGCAUGCCACCUAAUGACAGCAGGGGGCCCCCGGGACCAAAUGACCCAUACGGACGUCCGCCACCCUAUGAGAGAGGAGACUAUGGUCCCGGAGGCCGAGACAUGGAGUCGUCUCGCACUCCUCUGAGCGAGCCAGAGUUUGAGGAGAUCAUGAACAGGAACAGGGCCAUCUCCUCCAGCGCCAUAUCCAGAGCGGUGUCUGACGCCAGUGCAGCCGACUAUGGCAGCGCCAUCGAGACUUUGGUCACCGCCAUCAGUCUGAUCAAGCAGUCCAAAGUAUCGGCAGAUGACCGCUGCAAGGUCCUCAUAAGCUCUCUUCAGGAUUGUCUGCACGGAAUAGAAUCCAAAAGUUACGGCUCAACCAGACGAGAGCGUUCCAGAGAGCGCGACCACAGCCGCUCGAGGGAGAAGAGCCGACGUCACAAGUCGCGCAGUCGCGAGCGCCACGAAGACUACUACCGUGAACGCAGCCGGGAGCGGGACCGCCACCGCGAGAGGGAUCGCGACCGAGACCGCGAACGGGAGCGAGAGAGGGAGUAUCGGCACCGCUAG